CGGGCCGCCCGGGUCUCCGGCGAUCGCGCGGAUGGCGGCGCUGGCGGCGCUGGCCAAGAAGGUGUGGAGCGCGCGGCGCCUGCUGGUGCUGCUGCUGGUGCCACUGGCUCUGCUGCCCGUGCUUUUCGCCCUGCCGCCCAAGGAGGGCCGCUGCCUGUAUGUCAUCUUGCUCAUGGCGGUGUACUGGUGCACAGAGGCCCUGCCGCUGUCGGUGACGGCUCUUCUGCCCAUCGUCCUCUUCCCCUUCCUGGGCAUUCUACCCUCCAGCAAGGUCUGCCCCCAGUACUUCCUCGACACCAACUUCCUCUUCCUCAGUGGGCUGAUCAUGGCCAGUGCCAUCGAGGAAUGGAACCUGCACCGGAGAAUCGCCCUCAAGGUCCUCAUGCUGAUUGGGGUCCAGCCUGCCAGGCUCAUCCUGGGGAUGAUGGUGACCACUUCAUUCCUGUCUAUGUGGCUGAGCAACACAGCCUCCACUGCCAUGAUGCUGCCCAUCGCCAGCGCCAUCCUCAAGAGCCUCUUUGGCCAGCGUGACGCUCGGAAGGAUCUUCACCGGGAAGGCAGUGAGAGCACAGCUGCUGUGCGGGGAAAUGGACUUCGAACAGUGCCCACGGAGAUGCAGUUUCUCGCCAGUUCGGAAGGAGGCCACCCUGAGGAUGCAGAGGCCCCGCUGGAGCUGCCCAGUGACUCCAAGGAGGAGGAAUACCGCAGAAACAUCUGGAAGGGCUUCCUCAUCUCCAUCCCCUACUCGGCCAGUAUCGGGGGCACUGCCACCCUCACAGGAACGGCCCCCAACCUCAUCCUGCUCGGUCAGCUCAAGAGUUUCUUUCCACAGUGCGAUGUGGUGAAUUUCGGCUCCUGGUUCAUCUUCGCCUUCCCUCUCAUGCUGCUGUUCCUCCUGGUCGGUUGGCUAUGGAUCUCCUUUCUCUAUGGCGGGAUGAGCUGGAGGGGCUGGAGGAAGAAGAAAUCUAAGAUAAGAGCUGACGCAGAGGAUAAGGCUAAAGCAGUGAUUCGGGAAGAGUUCCAGAACCUGGGGCCCAUCAAGUUUGCUGAACAGGCCGUCUUCAUCUUGUUCUGCACGUUUGCCAUUCUCCUCUUCUCCCGGGACCCGAAGUUCAUCCCUGGCUGGGCCAGUCUCUUCACCCCUGGGUUUGUUUCUGAUGCCGUCACCGGCGUGGCCAUUGUCAUCAUCCUGUUCUUCUUUCCAUCCCAAAAGCCCUCACUCAAGUGGUGGUUUGACUUCAAAGCUCCCAACUCAGAGACUGAGCCCCUGCUGAGCUGGAAAAAAGCCCAGGAGACUGUGCCCUGGAAUAUCAUCCUUCUCCUGGGAGGCGGCUUCGCCAUGGCCAAAGGCUGCGAGGAGUCAGGGCUGUCAGCGUGGAUUGGCGGGCAGCUGCACCCGCUGGAGCACGUGCCCCCGGUGCUGGCCGUGCUCCUCAUCACCGUGGUCAUCGCCUUCUUCACAGAGUUCGCCAGCAACACAGCCACCAUCAUCAUCUUCCUGCCCGUCCUGGCAGAGCUGGCCAUUCGACUGCAUGUGCACCCCCUGUACCUGAUGAUUCCAGGCACGGUUGGCUGCUCCUAUGCCUUCAUGCUACCAGUCUCGACACCCCCUAACUCUAUUGCCUUCUCCACUGGACACUUGCUGGUCAAAGACAUGGUGCGGACUGGCCUCCUGAUGAACCUGAUGGGCGUCCUGCUGCUCAGCCUGGCCAUGAACACCUGGGCACAGACCGUCUUCCAGCUGGGCACCUUCCCAGACUGGGCCAACACCCACUCUGCCAACGCCACCGCACUGCCACCCACCUUGACCAACAGCACAGUUCAAACCCUCUGAGCCCUGCUGGGGACUUUGAUUUGGGCUGGGCCUUCCUUCCCCGAAGGGCUGUUGCUGUCACUUGCUGCUAGGACCCUGCAAGCUGAUCAAGCAAUUCUUUUCUGUAAUCUGAUAGCAGGCAGCAAGCAAGGAUGGCCUCCAGUGGUCCACUUGGGCCACAGGCUCACUGUCUGUGGUACUUUCUCUUUCUUUCUCAUGCAUUUCAAAGCCAGCUAUCUGCUGCCUGUGGAACAGGCUUUUUUUUUUUUUUUUUCCACUGAGCUAGUCUGUGGUCAGGGUGCAGAAAAGUCCAUUUCAGCCACAAGGAACAAAGCUGAAAGGGCAUUUGUUUUGCACACCUAGGGUAGGGGGCUAUCCAUGCUCUGGCUGCCACUUUAGGUCUCUGGAAAUAUUGCCACUCCACUGGGAAGGGCCUUUCUGGGUUCUGCCCUUUCUGCUUAGCCAUCUCCCUUGUAGCCACCCGGCAGCCAGAAGCUGGCUUCCAUUCCCUGAGGCAGGUGGAGAACAUGGUUACUCCAGGAGUCUCUGCUGCUUCCAAAGCUUUCCACAGAGCACACCACGGGGGUCUGAGAAACCCCUGCUCACUCGUCUACCCAAGAUGCUUGGGGUUCUCUUUUUCUCACCGGAUUCUCUCGGGCCCUAACUCUAGGCUAGUCCUGAUGGGCCCCCAUCAUCCUUCUAGCCCUUGGGAGGGGCUCCAUGGCUGCAGCCCCCUAGCUCUUUCUUACCCCCACAGCUGGGUUUGGUCUCCCUACUCCCAACCCGAGUGGUCAAUAUUUGCAGUCUCUGGGGGUGAGAGAAAAAAAGUUGGUGGAGACCUAGGAGAAAACCAGGGUGAAGUGUCUCAGGCGGGAAGUAUGCUGUGAUGCAUUGUGCAGAUGGAGACCCCGGGACAGUCUUCCAACAGAGGCUGGAGCUGGGAAGCGGACAGUUGCUGUCCUUCUUCCCAGCACAAGCCUCUGGCACCCUGUGAGUGGCACAGUGUGGGACAGCGGCAUCUUGGAACUCUGCUGACACCGGGCAUGGAGCCUUCACUUCCUCCCGAGGACGGACAGCCCAGGGACGGACGCUUUCUGACACAGCAGAAGUGACUCAGUGUUUUCCCAGAGCUGGGGUGGAGGGGGCCCUGAGCAGGAGGUGGCACUCGAAGACUGAAUCAGCUUCAGAACCCUCCUGGGGCUGGAUGGCGGUGUCCCUCAGGGGACAGGGACAGGCCGCACACAGAGAAGCCCACGGCCUUGUGACCACAGGUCUCAUGAUUUCUGAUACUGCUGAUCAAAAAUGCUCUCAAAUAAAGAAUGUUGGUUAAUACUGGA